AUGGCUGUCGGGGAACCAACCGACUGGUGCCCGCUGUGCCUGGUGCGGCUGCCUCCCGAGCGGGCCCCGCGCCUGCUCAGCUGUCCGCACCGCUCGUGCCGGGACUGCCUCCGCCACUACCUGCGCCUGGAGAUCAGCGAGAGCCGGGUACCCAUCAGCUGCCCCGAGUGCAGCGAGCGACUCAACCCGCACGACAUCCGUCUGCUGCUCGCCGACCCGCCACUCAUGCACAAGUACGAGGAGUUCAUGCUGCGCCGCUACCUGGCCUCGGACCCCGACUGCCGCUGGUGCCCGGCCCCGGACUGCGGUUAUGCUGUUAUUGCCUAUGGCUGUGCCAGCUGCCCAAAGCUGACCUGUGAGAGGGAAGGUUGCCAGACUGAGUUCUGCUACCACUGUAAGCAAAUAUGGCAUCCAAAUCAGACAUGCGAUAUGGCCCGUCAGCAGAGAGCACAGACUUUGCGAGUACGGACCAAGCACACUUCAGGUCUCAGUUAUGGGCAAGAAUCUGGACCAGAUGACAUCAAGCCAUGCCCACGAUGCAGUGCUUACAUUAUCAAGAUGAAUGAUGGAAGCUGUAAUCAUAUGACCUGUGCAGUGUGUGGCUGUGAAUUCUGUUGGCUUUGUAUGAAAGAGAUCUCUGACUUGCAUUACCUCAGCCCCUCUGGCUGCACAUUCUGGGGCAAGAAGCCAUGGAGCCGUAAGAAGAAAAUUCUUUGGCAGCUGGGCACAUUGAUUGGUGCUCCAGUUGGGAUUUCCCUCAUUGCUGUCAUUGCCAUUCCUAUUCAUAGCAGGUAUGAGGGAAGAAAAACCUCCAAACAUAAGAGGAAUUUGGCUAUCACAGGAGGAGUGACUUUGUCAGUCAUUGCAUCUCCAGUUAUUGCUGCAGUUAGUGUUGGUAUUGGCGUCCCCAUUAUGCUGGCUUAUGUCUACGGGGUUGUGCCCAUUUCUCUCUGUCGUGGAGGCGGCUGUGGAGUUAGCACAGCCAACGGAAAGGGAGUGAAAAUUGAGUUUGAUGAAGAUGAUGGCCCAAUCACAGUGGCAGAUGCCUGGCGAGCCCUCAAGAAUCCCAGCAUUGGAGAAAGCAGCAUUGAAGGCCUGACUAGUGUCUUGAGCACCAGUGGAAGCCCUACAGAUGGACUAAGUGUUAUGCAGGGCCCAUACAGUGAAACAGCCAGCUUUGCAGCCCUGUCAGGGGGCACACUAAGUGGUGGCAUUCUUUCCAGUGGCAAGGGAAAAUAUAGCAGGUUAGAAGUCCAAGCCGAUGUCCAAAAGGAAAUUUUCCCCAAAGACACAGCCAGUCUUGGUGCAAUUAGUGACAACGCAAGCACUCGUGCUAUGGCCGGUUCCAUAAUCAGUUCCUACAACCCACAGGACAGAGAAUGCAACAAUAUGGAAAUCCAAGUGGACAUUGAAGCUAAACCAAGCCACUAUCAGCUGGUGAGUGGAAGCAGCACGGAGGACUCGCUCCAUGUUCAUGCUCAGAUGGUGGAGAAUGAAGAAGAGGAUAGUGGUGGUGGCGGUGGUGGCGGCGAUGGCAGCGAUGGCAGCAAUGAAGAGGAUCCCCCCUGCAAACACCAAAGCUGUGAACAGAAAGACUGUCUGGCCAGCAAACAUUGGGACAUCAGCUUGGCCCAGCCUGAGAGCAUCCGCAGUGACCUGGAGAGCUCUGAUACGCAGUCAGACGAUGUGCCAGACAUCACUUCAGAUGAGUGCGGCUCCCCUCGCUCCCAUACUGCAGCCUGCCCCUCAACUCCCAGAGCCCAAGGUGCACCGAGCCCAAGUGCCCAUAUUAACCUCUCUGCCCCAGCUGCGGGGAAGACUGUCUUGAAGCCAGAAGGUGCAGAAGCCAGAGUAUGAAGUGGAAUGAAUGCUCCCGUUCUGAGAAGCACACUUGUGCACCUGCUCUUUGUCUUCCUGGCCUGUGCUUUACUACAAUGAGGAUGAUGAGUCUGGACAACAGCCAACUUGGAAGGUUCUGAUCUCUUGAGCACUGCAGCCAGACUUAGCACAUUUCCCUGCACCUGGGACAGGAAAUGCUGUUAGUAGACUUUGGGUCUUUGGAAGAGGGCACCCUAGAGGUGUCCAAAUGUGAAAAGGGGAACCUGUUGGGAAAAAGGGCAAUCUGGAAAUCUCUGAAAUGCAAUUAACGCAAUACUCACAGUCCUCUUGAAGCCUCAUCAAGAGAGCAGUUAACUUGGAUAAAAUCGAAGAAGUCUGUUGGAAGGCCAGAAGGUUGCAGCCAAACCUGUAUUCUUUUCUAUGCUCCACUUCUUACUGCUGUGAAACUUGGGGAAAUUACUCUGAGUCUGUUUUCACUUAGCAGAAAUGGCGAUAAUCUAAUUAUGGGGUUGUAAAGAUUAAGUGAGAUGGUAUACUGAAAAUACUUUUGGUUAAAGGCCCAUGUUUUUUCCUCCUUCAGGAACAGGAAGAAAUAAGGGAAAUUAUGGGUGUCAACUGAGAAAGCCCAGAACUCUAGACCAGAGGCUAUGAAAAACUACACUACUGUUAUAUCUCCUAGACAUUAGCAGAUGAAAAGUCCUGUCCAUCACCACCACCUGGAGGAGAACAUGAGUAAUGCAUCGGAAAAGUUGGUCUGCUUAGAAUAUGGGGAAUGUUUAAUUUCCUCUCGGUAGAGCUUUCAUUCGUUCUGAAAUACGUACUAUGUUUCAGGUAUAGGAUGCAUUAAGAAAAAACAUGAAAUUUCUGUCCCCACGGAACUAACACCUUAGUGGGGAAAAAUGAUCUGGAUGAGGGUAAGUGCACUAAAGAAAACGAAGCAGAAAAAGUGAAGAGAGUGAGUCAGAUGUUGCUCCUUCAGGUGGGUAGUAUAGGCCUCUUUGAUAAAGGUAACAUUUUAUUAGAGUCCCAAAUGGAAUGAGAACUAUGUGAAUACCAGGCAUGAAGAAUAAAGUAAAAAGGCUCUUUGAUGGAG